CGUGUAAGGCUCUGCCUGUCGCGUGACUCUCCAAGCCCAACGGCCGCCGCGAGAGACGAGUCGCUGCCCGCGCGCCGCACGCAGGAACCCUCCGCCCGACCGGGAGCAGCAGCGCGCAGACACCCCCCCGCAGUGAGGAGCGGCCGGCGCCAUGCCCAAGAAUAAAGGUAAGGGAGGUAAAAACAGACGACGAGGUAAGAAUGAGAAUGAAUCGGAGAAGAGAGAAUUAGUGUUCAAGGAGGAUGGACAAGAGUAUGCUCAGGUGAUCAAGAUGUUGGGCAAUGGAAGAUUGGAGGCAUUAUGUUUUGAUGGUGUGAAGAGGUUAUGUCAUAUCAGAGGGAAGCUAAGAAAAAAGGUUUGGAUAAAUACAUCAGAUAUUAUAUUGGUUGGCUUAAGAGACUACCAGGAUAACAAGGCGGAUGUCAUUCUAAAAUACAAUGCAGAUGAAGCCAGAAGUCUGAAGGCAUAUGGGGAACUUCCAGAACACGCUAAAAUCAAUGAAACAGACACAUUUGGUCCUGGUGAUGAUGAUGAAAUCCAGUUUGAUGAUAUUGGAGAUGAUGAUGAGGACAUUGAUGAUAUCUAAAUUGAGCUAAGAGGUUUACAUUCCAACUUUUUUCCUCCAAGGAUUAUUCUUCAUUGAUAUAUUGGGUAAAAUACCUUUCUUUUAAGAAGAUUGAAACAUCAGUAAUGAGUGUAGCUUGUUACAUCAAAUGAGAAUUUAUUUUCAGUGUUUGUUUUAAAGUAUUUAUAUUUCUUUAGAAACAGAUAAUGCCACAACUAUUUUGUCUUUUCACAAAUUAGAGCUCUUACAUCUGGAUGGAAGUGAGACAGUAAUAUCUGCUGUAAAAGUCUGCAUUUUUGCCUCUUAUGCAUUCAUCACUACAUUUCGAGUUAAACCUGUAUUUUGAAAUAAAAUUGUUUACCCUGUAAUUAUCAUGGAUUUUGAUUAAAUACCCAGUUCAGAUUAG